AUGUUUCUUGGAUCAUGUCAAGAUGAUGAAAUGUUACCAACAAAUCCAUUUUAUCCAGCUGAUUUAUUUACAUCAUGUUUAACAACCCCAUUAAGAGUUGCAGUAUUAUAUUAUAUUCAAAAUUCGUUAUUAAUGAAAUGGGAUGCAACAAUAAUAGAUAGAAUUCCAGGGGUAUUAAAUAAUAGGAGAACACCAUUAGGAGAAUUAAAUUGGAUAUUCACAGCAAUAACAGACUCCAUAGCAUGGAAUGUAUUACCACGACCAUUAUUUUAUAAAUUAUUUCGACAAGAUUUAUUAAUAGCAUCAUUAUAUAGAAAUUUCUUCUUAGCACAAAGAGUAAUGCAAUCACUGAAGUGUAAACCUAUAUCAUAUCCAAUUUUACCAGAUGCAUCUAAUCAUUAUUUAUGGGUAGUUUGGGAUAGAGCACUUGAAUUAUGUUUAUUACAAAUUAAUAAUCAUUGUAAUAGUUUUAAUGAAAGUACAUCAUCAUUUUUUGAUGAACAAUUAGUUGCAUUUGAAGUAUGGUUAGAAUCUGAUAAUAUUGCUAAUUGUAUUGCAGCACAACUUCCAAUUUUGUUACAAGUAUUAUUAUCACAAACAUUAAGAGAAAGAGCAUUAAAGUUAUUAUGUCGAUUUUUAGAUUUAGGACCAUGGGCAUGUGAUCAAGCAUUAGCAGUAGGAAUCUUUCCAUAUAUAUUAAAAUUAUUAAGUUCCACAACAAGUGUAGAUUUUUAUGAAUAUUUAGUGUUUUGUUGGAUGAAAAUACUUGUUGUUGAUAAAAAGAAAACAUUUCAUCAAAACCUUAUUAGAGAAAAUCAUCAAAUCUACUUUUUAAAUGUGUUAAAAAAUAAUACAAAAAAUUUAAAUACAGGAACAAAUGCAUAUGCAUUAUUUAUUUUAACUACAUUAUUAGAAGACAAUACACAAGUUAAAGCAACAUUAGUUCAAUCAAAUAUUAUAGAAGUUAUUCAUUUUUAUUUUAAAAGUGAAAAUAUUGAAGUAAGAUCAUGGGCAUUAUUAUGUUUAAGUAAAUUAUGGGAAGGAAGUGUUGAAAUUAAAAUAAGAGCACAAAAGAAAGGAAUUAUUAAUUCAUUAAUGUUACUUUUACAAGAUCCAAAUCCAAGAGUAAGAGUAGCAUUAUUAAAUUGCUUAACUACAUUAAUUGGAGAGCCAUAUGCUGACAUUGGAGAAGCAUGUAAUGAGAUUGCAUUAAAAACAGCAGUUUUAGUUCAUGAUGCAUGUCCUAAAGUAAGAGAACAUUUAAUUGUUUUAUACCAAAGAUUAGCAAAAGUGUUAGUUGGGACAGUUAAAGAAUCUAAAAUAUUUGAACAAACGGUUGAAAUCGGAAAGGAAGAUCCUGAUACUGAUGUCAAUGGAGCAGCGGAAAUCUUAAAUGAAAUACUAGAGAUAUAUACAAACAAAGAAGAAGGAAGAACAAUAACCCCACAAAGAAGAAUUAAUGGAUUAAAUACUAUUGUAAAUAAGUUAUAUGAAUCAAGAGUAUAUGAAUUAUCACAACCAUUAUUAAAAAAGAGAAAAGAAAUUACACCACAAAGAAAAUGGUUUAAAGAAAAGUAUGUUGAAAGUCGAACACAAUUUACACUUAUAGGAAGUGACUUUGAAAAUCAUAAAUUAAAACAAAUAGGGAGGUUUAUUGGAGAAGAAGGACAUGAAUUUAAUGCGGGGAAUAUGAUAUUUCAUCCGACAUUACCAUUAUUAGUUGUAGGAAGUAAUAAAGGGUCAACAAUAAGAGUAUUUGAUACUAACAGUGAAAGUGUUGUCAAUGCAUGGAAUAAUUUCAAUUCAGGAAAUAAAAGUAUAAGUGGAAUGACAUGGAUAAAUAAAACAGAUAUUCCAAUGUUAGUUACAUCAAGUAAUGAUGGAGCAAUAAGAAUCUGGAGAAAUUGGGAAGAUAGUGGAAGUAAUGUACUUGUAAGUAGUUUUAAAGGUGUUAUGGAAGAAUGUUUACCAGAUAUUGGAGCAAAAGUAGUUGGAUUAGGUGAGAGUCGAUUAUUAACUGCAGGAAAUUCUAUGAUAAGAAUAUGGGAUUUAGAAAAAGAAGAAUUAGAAGCAAACAUUAGAAUGAAAACAUCAAUUACAUGUGUUAAUGAAUAUAAUGAAUUUAGUGAUCAUAUGUUUCUUGUAGGAAAUGUUAAUGGAAAAGUGACAUUAUAUGAUAUGAGAUUAUCUCCACAAGAAAGAGAAGUAAAAACAUGGAAAAUUUCACAUUCACCAAUUAUUACUACAUCAAGACCAAGUUCAGGAAAUACAAUUAUUGCAGGAGCUGUUGCUAGACUUAAUGAACCAUCAUUAGCUGGGUUAAUUGAUAUUCGUGCUAGUCAAAUAAGAAAACUUUAUGUCCCCAAACUUACUACAUUAGUAACACAUCCCACUGCUACAUAUUUUGUUUGUGGAAGUGCUGAACAAUUUAUUAGGUCAUAUAAUAGUGAAUCAGGUAAAAUGAUUCAAGAAAUUAAAUAUUAUGAUGGUUUCUUUGGUCAUAGAAUUAAUCCAGUAGUUAAUAUGGCUAUCACUCAAUUCGGAUUCAAUACGGCUGUUUCUUCUACUGAUUCAAGUAUUACUUUAUUUGGUUUUGAUUAA